AGAUGUUUCUCCAGGAAGGCGAGAGUAUGAAGCCUGGAGGGAAUAUACCCUCUAGAAUUUUCUAGACUAGACCACUGACUUAAAGGAAUUUAUACCAGAGCCACACCCACAGGUAUCACCCAUCAGAUCUUUAUUCUCUUUUUAUUGAUGCAUAUCCAUAAUGUUGUCUUUUUUGCAUCAUUCUAUCAUUUUUUUUUUUGUUUUUUUGUUUUUGCAUUUUUUAGUAAAACUUGAUGAAUUAAAGAAAAUACAGAAGCAUUUGUUCCUACUAGAGGGGGUUAAAAAAAUAGUACAUUCUAUAUAUAUAUAUAUUACAAAUAAAUGUGAUCUCAAUUUUUAAAUGCUUAUCAAACAUUUGGAUUUAACCUUUUAUGUUUUUUUUGUUUGUUUUUAAGGAUUAAUUCAAAUGCAGCAGAGGGCCCCAUGUUACUGUUCACCUGGGCCCCCAAUCUGCUAAAUCCGCCCCUGAUGGAAAGACUACCUGUUCCCCCGGAGGAGGGAGAUGCUCGAUAUGGGGGCGUGUCCAACACUGCACGCGCUGAUUCCAGUCUCUCAGCUGUUGGGCGUGAACUCACUUGUUUGGCGUGCCCUAAAGUAGGCCAGCGCGCACGGAUGAGGGAGCGUGGAGCUGAACUAACAUCUUCCCCGCUUAAUGAACCUGACUGCGGCUCAUAAUGUGAGCACACUCGCGUCAACUUUAGCUUCAAAGUGAGUCAGAAAGCGUUCGUGCUGCGCUUGUUUUCCUAACCGUGCCAAAUGCUGGGAUGGCUCGUGGCUUUGUGCGCUGUGGUCCUGGUGAUCUUUUGGUCCAAGUAUUUCGGCAGCCAGCGCCGGUCGGAUGGGUUGUUUCUGGAGAGCUGCGCGGACGCAGGAGGAGACGGGAGCGGGGAGGCGCGCGCCUCCGCCGGGGCUGCUGCUGCUGCUGCGCGCGGCGCCGUGGAGCUCAUCUGCAAACCCUCCGCGCUGGCGAACUACCUGAAGAAACACUGCAGGACUUUCACUGAUUACGCGCCGUGUGCGGGCUGGACGUGGCGGUCCAGCGCCGUCCUCCUGAGCGCCUUCGAGCUGUUCUGGCCGUACUACAGCCCGGUCCAGUUCGUGCGGGACAACCUGCAGCUGAGCGACGACGGACUGGUGGCGCUGGACUGGGCUGUGCCAUCCUACCAGAGGAGACGCAGAACUUCCAGUCAUUCCAGCAGCCCGGUGCUGCUCAUCAUUCCCAACUCUUUUGGGAAGAUCACAGGGAGCUUGUUAAAGUUGUGUGAAGAGGCGCUUUCGCAUGGAUACCUACCGGUGGUCUUCAACCGCCGCAGCCAUAACUGCACUCCCCUCACCACCCCCAAGCUGCAACAGUUUGGCGACCCCACCGACCUGCGCGAGGCUGUGCGCUACAUCCGAUUCCGGCAGCCAGCGGGGCGACUGUAUGCCGUGAGCGAGAGCUCUGGAUCCGGCCUCCUCCUCUCCUACCUGGGGGAGUGCGGCUCGUCCAGCUAUGUGACGGCAGCUGCAUGCUUGUCGCCUGUGUUCCGCUGCCAAAGCUGGUUUGAGAGCGGACUGUGCUGGCCCCUGCAAUGGGCUUUAACUCUGUACCAGAAGAUGUGCCUUAGCAGGUACAGGACAGCCCUGGCUGCUACCACGCAAACGGAUACCUUGUUUUCCAGCUGUUCCCUGCGCGGUGUGGAGGAGGCAUUAUUCUGUCGAACUGGACUUGGGGGGUCCACAGGAACCAGCAGUUUCGGCAUUACUUCAGGGGCCUGGGAUGCUUACUGGGAACGCAAUGAACCGCUAAGAGACGUAGACGAGGUGGCUAUUCCUGUUUUAAGCGUGUGUGCAAAGGAUGACCCUGUGCGGGGAGACGCCCAGUCCACCAUACCCUUGGAACUCUUUGAAACAAACCCCCAUUUUUUUCUCCUUCUAACUGAGCGAGGAGGGCACUUGGGUUUCUGCACGCAGCCGGAGAAGAGAGCCUUUGAUCUGGGUGUGUCGGCUUCAAACUGUGGGAUGGAGGGAGGUGUUUCUAACUGGAGCCACAGAGCGGUGUUUGAGUUCUUCAGGGCAACGACAGACUUUUUCAACGUAGAGGAGAGGUCAAAGCAGCUCGCUGCAAAGAGACGGGGGCUCGGGGGUGCAGCUGGGAGGGCUUUCCGUCAUCGCAGUAUCAGUACAUGCAAGCGAGUACCGGCGUGUUCCCAUAACAUCCAUGCUAUCUACAACUGGCAGAGGUCCUACACACGAUGAUCGACGCUAAAUGGAAAAUGUACGUUGUGUUUGAGGUUUUGAGCGUUGUAUGUCUGCAAUUUGAUGGUUAUUAAAUCUACUUGCAUUCCCUGAAAACAUCAGAAUCAAGUUUCUUCAGUGUUUGCUUGUAAUCAGGACUGUAAUCCUGUGCCUCCCUGAAAACAGCAGCUAAUGAGACUUCACUGAUAGUACAAAUGUGCAUUGUCAUGUUUGUGCACUAACAGAGUAUGAAAUGCUGAUUUUUAACCUAUGUUAUACAAAUGUUGUUGUUCACUUUUCGGCAUAUUCACUCUUGAGUCCUCACAGCCUUCAGGGAUUCAAACAUGGUUUGGAAGAGAGUUUUAAGUUAGAUGCCCUUCAUGACACAACCUUGUAUUUUGUCUGGGCUGGGGACAGGCACAGGGACCCAGACCCGGGCCCCCAUGUGGUUAUUUAGGUAUGCAAAUAAUGGCCUUAUUUAUCUCUACAUAUUCUUACUCCCAACUCGUCAUAUAUGGAGGUAUGGUUCGAGCCACGUCACUUUUUGACAAUUUGGAUGUCCUCAACUCAGCGUUUUUUGACAUGCUGGCUGUUCUUGUUAAAUUACGGGUCCCCAAACCUCAAGACGUGGUUACGGGACGUGGAACUGAUAGAGGAUUAGGGUACCGGUACAGUUGGCGUAUGAAUUUUUUUCCCUGUCUUUGGCCCGGUACUAGGCGGCCCUUGGGCCGGUACAAUUUCUCUGCCCAGAGGUCAGAGACCCCUGGGAACAGCCAGCACACCAAAAAAUUUCUAGGUGAUGUGGAGGGGCCCCGUACUAUACAUCCAUAUGUGACAAGUUGGGAGCGAGAAUGUGUUGAUUAGCUUUAUAGAAAUUCUAAUAAAGAUAAACUAUAUUUGUCUACACUGAUGACCCCAUCACCCUAAAAGAGAUUCAACAGGUUCUAUAGGUGGAUAGAGUCCUGACACUAAGAUCUACCGCCCUCCCUGUUUCCAGUUCUUACUACUUUCUGCUCCCUCCAGUGUCUCCUGGUUCGAACACUUCUGAUCCAGGUUAUCAGCUGCAAGAAGUGUAGAGAGAGUUGGAAACAGACGGGGUGAUGGUAGAUCUUGAAGAUGAGGAUUUGCCAACCUUAUUAAAAAAAAUUCUCUGUCAAAAGUCAUUAAAGAAUGUGUUGAAUGAUGGUUCCUGAAUUAAUGCCAACACAUUAUUUGUAGGUCUCACAUUUUUGGCUUAAAUUUGUGCCCCUUAAUUGCAGAAAUUCAUUUUGACUCAUUAAAUUAUUCCGUGUUAUGCAGUUGAACUCUGUGGCUUUUUGGAUUAGACCAUAAAAUAUUGAAAUCAUUUUCUUUGCAACACCAGAAAAGUACGCAUGUCAGAACUAGUAAAACAUGUUGGAGUUGAGAAGUACUGACCUGAGAGUUACUCAAGUAUCUGUUUGUACUUCUGAAAUGCCUGAUGGGAACUGUAACAAACAAGCCUUUACACAGCUGGGAAUUUUAACUCUUGAAAAGUUGUCAAUACAUUCUCAGUUUGGGCAUUAUUGUUUUUCACCAGAUUCACUUUUUCCAAAUAUCUAUUGUUACUUUUCACAUUUCUUAUCUAAUAUUUAGUCAUUCAAUUUUUAUGUAGAAUUUCUAAUCCUUUCUAACAGCUUCACAAUUGGCUGUAAAAUUGCUUAAAAUUUGUAUCACACUUUUUUUUA